GUUUGUAAGGGUUUCUUCUCCCCAGUCCCCCACAGUAAAAAGCGCACACAAACCCCGCUUGGUUGAAUUGGAGCAGUUUCUUCCAUCUCAGAGAUAUGGGAAGCACAGCAGCAGCAGCGGAGAAGACAGAGGAGGAGCUCCGUAGAGAGAUCGAUGAGCUCCUACGCCAACAACGCCAGAUUGCGGAGCGGCUUCGAGAUCCUCGGGGACUCCGCAGGGGAGGCUUUUCUGGUGCCGGCCCUCGCAACUUCGCCGCCAACGGAGCUCGUCAGCGAGGCUUCGUUCGACCCGCAGAUAAGACUGACGCGGAAGAUCAACCUCCAGCCAAACGCCGACUAUCGUCCGCGGUAGUCAAGCUGGAGGAUGGGGAGAUCGCUGAGGAUGCAGAAACGGCGAAGGAUCUGAAGAGGAAGGAUGCAACCAGGGAGGGAACUGCUGGAGCUGGCGCUACUAAUCAGAGCGAAAGAGAGCCAUCGAAUUUGCAGCAGAGUGGGUGGUUGAGGAGGGAUGGAAACCAAAGAGCAGCCAAUACUGAUUCUGAAGGUCCAGCAAUGGAGCAUAUUCCAAGGGUAUUGCCGAAGGAUGAGGACCCAAGAUUGGUUAGCAGGAACAAAAGAAUGCUGGGGCAGCUUCUAGGGACUUUAGAGAAAUUCAGGAAAGAAGAUACGCAACUGUCAGGAACAGAGGCUUACAUGCGAAGGUCUACUUCUCUACAAAGAGCUGAGCAACGAGCACGUGAAGAAAGUGAGAGGCUGAGGCAACAAGAGCGUGAGCAAAUUGCAGAAAAGCGGAGAAGAGACCUGACUCUCAGGGCACGUGUUGCUGCCAAGACAGAAGAAAAGAAGUUGGAAUUGCUGUAUCUUCGGUGGAGUGAGCACCAUAAAAAACUUUGCAAUUUUAUAAGAACCAAGGCAGAGCCUCCAAUAUAUUAUUUACCCAACAAACCUUUAGAAGAAGAUGAAACCUUGUUUCAGCAGCGUAAAGAACAGACAUUUCUAGAGUGGAAGGCUGCCAGGAGGGAGGAACUGUCUGAAUAUCAGAAACAGAUUCAGGAGCAGUAUGUUGCCAAUGUUGAAAAGGAUUUGGAGAGAUGGCAAAAUGCAAGGAAAACAAGGAAAGCAAGUAAUGAUAUGUUGAACUUACAGGAAACAAUGGACAAAGAAUUGGAUACCCAUAGGCUUGAGCAUGGUCCCAAGAAAAGAAAGAUCCCUGGUGGAAACAACAGUGAAGAUGAUGAGGAUGAUGUGGAAGAUAUCAAUGUCGGUGAGGAUGACAUGAUGGAUGAUGUACUGGAUGUUGAUGAUACCAACAGGAGGGGUGCUGAAACAGUCAGGCAAGAGACAGGUAAUACCAGUCCGCAAGAGACAGGUAAUACUAAUACCGCUCCUCUGGGGGAUAAUGCUGAUUAGUAGUAGUGUUUGAAACCAUCCCAUCCCAUCCCUCUUUCUAGUUUACCCGUCGAUAGCAGCUUUUGGCGGGCAGUUUCUUGGUAUGUUACUAUUUUGUCAUCUUUUCUUUCGGCCUUGAUGGAUUUUUGAGUUUCUAGGAUGAACUUGUUUCUCUUCUCUUGUAUGGCUUUGUUAUCGUAUUGCUUCUCUUGUAGAAAACAGGUAAAGUGCACUAGUAUCUAAGGAGUUAAUAUGGUACCGCCGCACUCUAUUUUUUUCCCUUGGAUUAGUAUCUGGAAGUGUGUUACGAAAAAAAGGCUCUUUUUCUUUUU